AUGCCGACAAUCCUCCCCGCAGAUCCGCCUCUGCGGCUGCAAUCCAUCUCGCUCACCGCCUUGUCCGCGGUCGGAACGCAAUACCUCCUGUCCAUCCCACCCUCCAACCAGCUGGACCUCUUCCGCACCGCCGCAACGCUCCUUCUCCCCACGCUCACCUUCAGCUUCCUCCAGAGCCGCUACAUCACCCUGCAGCGCGCUGCCGCCCUCCGUCUCUCCCUACCCGCAACCGAGUUCAAAACCGCCAUGAAGGCGCACACGAUCCUCACCGCCACGGGCAUGUCGACCAUCUUCGCGAUGCUCUGUUCCACCGCUCUGCUGUCCAACUUGCCGCUGCUGUAUUCUCGACUCAUGCAGGGUGAUGUAGCCUCCUGGGUCAGGGGAGUGGAAAGGCCAGUGAGCUGGUUCUUCGCGACGGUGAAUCUGACCAUUGUCAUCGUGUGCUGGGCGAUGAUGUUCACCCAAGAGCCCAUGACAUUCACGUUCGAGCGUACGGUAAAGGACGACGAGGUGCCAUUGGAGAAGCUCAAAAAGGGCAAGGGGUGGAAGAAGGUCUGCAGUACGUCGAGAAGACACGAUGUUUGGGUGCAAUCCGUCCACCUGCCCGGUGGGCAAGAUGUGGGGGUGUUCGAUAUGACCACCCGUCUGGCGUCCAAUCACCCACUGUAUAGCGCCGAGAAGGAUACUCAACCCUCUGGACCCACAUUGCGCAUCUCACUGCCAUAG